UGCCAGUUAAUGGCAGUCGAGAACGGCCUCCCCGAUGGUUUGUGCUGUUGACUGCAAUGGCAGACGAGGUGCAGCAGUUUAUCGAAGACAACGACCUCAGUCACAAAGUGGCGGGGCUGUUGCGCUCUUGUUCCCCAUUGGUGCAACGAGUGGUGUUAGAUCAGGGCAGCCUAGCGACCUGCCGGGAUCCCAAUGCCGGCUGCGUGGGACGCAUCCGGAAGGCCGAGAAAAGUGCUUCUUCAACUUUUGUGGCGCCAAGCAGGGAUGAGGUGGAGACAUUUAUUGAGGAGAAUGAGCUCAAUGAACGUGCCGGCGAAGCCCUGCGAGGUGCAGCACCAGCAGUGCAGCGGCAAGUGCUCGAGCAGGGCAGCCUCCUCAGCUGUCGAGAGCCCAGCGCGGGUUGCAUCGGGCGAAUCAACAAAGCCCAAAAGACGAUGGAUCCUGCACUCCUAGCAAUCCCUCACAUUAGCGGGCCAUCAGUGGAAGAGUUGGAGGACUUCAUUCAUGACAACUCCUUGGAUGAGCGAGCUGCCUCUGCCUUGCGAACUGCUGCUCAAUGGUUGCAGCGCCAGGUUUUGGACCAGGGCAGCUUGCACACCUGCCGUGAUCCAAAUGCUGGCUUGAUGGGGCGUAUCCGUCGUGCGCGGCAGCCUUCGCAGUUUUCUGUGCAGCAGGCUUCAGUGCCACCACGAAAGGAGGUUUUCAAUGCCUUCCCUGGGCAAACUGCUCCAACUGCUCGGGACAUCGAGAGGUUUAUUGAAGAAAAUUGCUUAAAUGAGCGUGCAGCAGACGCUUUAAGAAGUGCUGACAGCCCCGUGCAGCAGCAGGUACUUGAUCAAGGAAGCCUCCAUGGUACCCGCGAGCCAAGCGCUGCCUGCAUUGGGCGGAUUUCAAAGAUUCAAAGGAAGGCACGCAAAAGGGGCUGGGGCUCGCCGAGCUUAGAUGAUGUCGAAAGCUUCAUUUAUGAAAAUCGCUUGGACCAGCGUGCAGCAGCAGCUUUAGAACGUGCGCCGCCUGUGGUGCAACGAUCGUUGCUGUCACAGGGACAGCUCCAUGGCAAUACAUCCCGUGAAUGCAUGGCGCAGAUCCGAGCAGCCACAUCUCAGGAGCAGUAUGGUGCUGAACCGCUUGAUGAGGUGGAGCAGUUCAUUUCAGACAAUGUGGCCUGCCUGGUCAAAGAACUCGCUCGUGUUGGUGGUGUUGACACCUUUGCAGCCUCAAAACUGCGGGAGGCGCACCCAGACGUGCAGCGCUGGGUGUUGGACCAAGGAAGCCUGUCCACUUGUCGCGAGCCAAGCGCUGGCUGUGUUGGACGCAUCCGGAAGGCCGAGGUAGCACUUCAAGAAGUUUCUCUUCCAGACCAUGGCAACGGCGCGUUGCCACCAGAUGAAGUGGAGAGAUUUAUCGAAGAGAACCGUCUCAAUGAAAGGGCAGCUGAAGCGCUGAGAGGCAUUCUCCCAGAGGUGCAGAUGGAGGUUAUGUCACAGGGAAGCCUAGCCACCUGCCGCGAACCCAGCGCAGGAUGCAUUGGCCGAAUUGCCAAAGCGCAAGCGGCCUUCAAGCAACAGCCACCAGCGAGAUUGACACUUACCCCUGCUCCCAACAUUGAGGACGGCGACGUCGAGCAGUUCAUCGUUGAGAACGACCUAAGCGAACGAGCUGCAGAAGUUCUGAGGUCUGUCCCCAGGCAAAUUCAAGAGCAGGUGCUGGAGCAGGGUCCCUUGCGGGGGUGUCGAGAGCCCAGUGCCAGCUGUAUUGGUCGGAUCUCGAAGGCCCAGAAGUCGACAAGGAUGAACUGGUCUGCGGAAGGUCCAUCAGCAAAGGAGUUGGAGGCUUUUAUCCACGACAAUAGUCUCAGCGAUCGUGCAGUAUCAAUUUUGCACGAAGUGCCAGCAAUGGUCCAGCGAGCUGUGCUCGAUCAGGGGAGCAUGCGAGGCUGCCGUGAUGCCAGUGCAGGUUGCAUUGGGCGCAUCAAGAAGGCACAGCAAGCGCUGAAGGAUGGAACACUUGAACCUCGCUCGGGACAAAGAGGUACCAAACGCCCAUAUGAAGAGGCUCCGGUGCGGCCAGAUCGAGGUCUACGUCGGCAAGUCGAUGGCUUUAUUCGCGAGCAUGAUCUUAGUGACCGUGCUGCCAGCGUGCUUCGAGAGCAGCAGCCAGAGGUGCAAGAGAUAGUGCUCAGAGGGGGCAGCCUUCGUGGCACCCGCGAUAUGUCUGCCUCAUGCAUGGGCCGCAUUCGGAAAGCACAGCAGGAAGUUGCUGAGAGGUCCUCAAGACCCUCCAAGCGAAGCCGAAACUCUGGAUCGCUAUCUCAGGUGGUGAGGGCCGUGGGCAGCAAUCUAGACCAACGAGACCGAGACCGAGGCCGAGGUCUGCAAUCGGGCCGCUGAGCAAUGCCAUACUGCCUCACAUGCUCACAAGAUGGAAAAGCUGAGUUUGGUGGAUCUAAUCUUGUCGUUUUGUGUGUGUGUUCUGAGUCUAUUGGCCUAUCAUCACAGAACACAGGAAUUGGAUAGAGAAGUUGGGCCGGAAAUCAAGACUUGACCC